UUUUUUUCAACUUAAAUUGAUUCUGAUUUCAAAUGGAUGAUGAUAAUGUUAAAAAUCUUGUAAAACAAUUUCAAGCUGAACAACUUCCAUCUGAAAUUAUUAAUGUUUUGUCAAUUUUUUUCGAUAGUAGUGUUAGGUGUGAUGCUAAUCCGGAAUUAUCAAACACAACAAAUAAAAUUGAGCUUGAAUCCGAAAAACCGGCAAUAAAACAUGAAAUAAAAUUGCAAUCAAUUGUUGAUCAAACAUCAACAAUACCGGAAAAUUUUGAUAGUUGUACUGAAUUUUAUGAUGAAUAUUUUCGCAAUAAUAAUGGCUGUUGUUGUUCAAAACAAUGUUAUCGAAAAUUUUCAAAAUCAAUUGCAUUUAAAUCACAUUUAGAUGCUUUGGCAUUGGAUAAAUAUUGUCCCGAUCAUGUUAAUCAUCAACAUUUAUUGUUAUUAGGAGCAAUGAAUAGUCUUGUACAAAACAAUCAUCACCGUAAACGAAAACAUAAGACAAAUGUCGAUGAUACCGACGAUAUAUCCAGCGAUUCUCGAACACAUACCAAUUUUCAAUUUCGUGGACAAGAAGUAUGUCGAUCAUUUUUUCUCUAUGUUUUUGGCUGUGGUAAUAAACGAUUCAAAAAUAUAAUCAAACAUUUUAUAUCGAAUGGAAUCGAUUCACCACGACAUGAAUCUAUUUACAAUAAUUCCCAAAAUAAAAUUUCUAUGAAUCGUCGUCAACGAGAAGCAUUAAUAUUCAUACAGAAUUAUGGUCAACAAAAUUCACUUCAAAUAGCCGGUUGUUUUAGUUCAGAAUCAAAUUAUAAAGAUCUUUAUCUAUUACCAAAUAAUUCAAAUCAAUCUCGACGUCAUAUCUAUGAACAAUAUUCAAUGACAUGUUUAGAUCUAAAAGUCGAACCAUUAUCAUUUGCUUUAUGGCAAGAAUUAUGGAAUCUAUAUUAUCCUAAUAUUCAAACAUUUAAUGAUCGAUGUGAUCCAUGUUUUCAAUGCCGUCAAUAUCAACAACGAUUAAUACGUACCGAUUUACUUGAAUCAUCAAAACUUGAAUCAUUACAAAAAUAUCUUUCCCAUUUAAAUCAUAUUCAACCGGAAUUGAAUCAUUUUCAAUCAACAUUAAUCAAAUGUCAGACUGUUUAUGAUGAAUAUAUUCGAAUGCAAAAUGAUUUCAGUCAAAAUCUAAAAGAAUCAUUUCGAUCUACAUUGAAAUUGAUGCAUUAUACAUUCGGUUGGUUUACAACCAUAUCGUUACCAUUUGAUUCACAGAAUCCACGAAUCUAUUUCAAAAAUGGUUACAAAGUAGCAUUGUUUGGUAUUGUAGUUGAACCAUUACGAAAAUUUAUUCUAUACAUUGUACCGGAAUUUAUUUGUCAUCAAACGGAUAAUUUGAUAAAUAUUAGUUUAUCAUUGUUACAUCAUUUUUUCUCUACAUAUCGAUUUGGUGAACAUGAAUCUAUUGUUCAUUUAGCUAAUGGCCAGCUUAAUCAUUUAAAAAAUUCUUCAUUAUUAUCAUAUUUAAUGUGGCGAACAUUGAUUGGUAAGCAUGAUAAAUUUCAAAUAUCAUCAUUACCUAUUGGUCAUUCACAUUGUUGGAAUGAUUUAUUUAUGGGUGUUUUGAAGAAAAAAUUUCGUAGCUGUCGAAUAGAUUCAUUAACUAAAUUGAAAAUGUUGGCCGAUCGUUGCUGUUUGAGCGAACAAAAUAAUAUCGAUGAACAUCAUAUACAAACAUAUUUGGUCGGUAAUGAUUGUGGACAAAUCUUAUUAGAUCUUUAUGAUUGGAAAUCAAAAUUAUCUAUGAUACAGAAAAUUGAUCCAAACAUUUUAAACAAUAAUAAUCAUUUUGAAAUUGGAAUAGAUUUUCCUGGAUUUGUUUUAUGUCGAAAAACUAUUCAUUCGAAUGAAACAACCGUUUCUUAUCGUUUAGUAACGAAUGAAUGUCUAUCAUUAAUAACAGAUGAUCUACCAUCACGAUUAGAAUUACAAUCAUUAUCAUCGGAAAGACUUUCCUAUAUAUUCGAUGCUAUACGGCCAUUUGUUUCGAAUAAAGAUUCAAUCAUUUUAAAAAUGUAUCCGGAUGAUCGAACAUCUACAGAAGAUUUGAAUACAAAAUUUGCUGACGAUUCUCAACCACCACAAGUGGAUCAACAAUCAAGUAAAAAAAUUCGUUGUAGUUAUUGUAAACAAUUUGGACAUCGUGAAAUGGUAUUUGGCCGAAUUCGUUGUCCAAUCAAACGAAAUGAUUCAAAUCUUUUUAAUCGAGAACAACCACAUCAAGAUGACGCCACUGUUAUGCGUAUAAAUGAUUCUGCAAUGAUUGAAUCAUCAUCGAAUAAUGAAACUCUUACCGAUGAUCAAACACAACAAUUAUUGGCCAUAUUGGAAAUGAAUGAACAAAAUUUACAAAUUAAUGAUGAAGAUGAUAAUGAUUAGAAAUUGAACAUUAUGGCAAUCAUAUUGCAGAAGUUUUCAAUUUAGUCUAAUGGGUUAUGUUUGGGUGAAGUGAGAAAGACUUUAUUUGUGCGAUACCAGGUUC